AUGUUCAACAGUUGGCUGCGCGACCUUGUCGCGGCGGGGGAUACAUCGGAUGAGCUGCUCUUUGUCUGCGAUUCAAGCGUCCUUCAGUACAACUCGACCAGCCGAGAGGUAACAGCAGUCCUCUCCCUGGACUGGAGUCCAAACAGCAUGACGUACGCGCACGGCAUAUUGGCAGCAGGGGGGCCUAACAGUCAGCUAUGCGUGAAGGACCUUCGAGAAAAGCGGGUGCUACACCGCGACUCCUUGGGAGGGUCCGUCAACAACGCGGUGCACGUAGCAAGGAUGGCCCCAGGGCAGCUGGUUCUGUACGCCUGCAAUAAUGACUACAUCGUCAAGGUGUUCAACAUCGGCCCCCAGUCGCUGGUGCCAACAACCUCCUUCCGGACCCAAGUGCCCGUCAACUACUGCGCAUUGUCGCCGGAUGGUCGCCUCCUCUCCUGCGUGGGCGAUUCCACCGAAACCGUGGUCUACGCUGUACGAGAAUCGUCGUACACGCGGCUCUACUCGUUUCGGGAGGCGCAUGAUACAGGCAGCAGCACCGCCUGGUCCCCCAGCGGCACAUUUCUGGCGUCGGCUCAUCAAGACGGCACACUGGCCGUGUGGGAUGUGCGGGCCCCCACCGCAGUGCACAAGCGCCGGCUCGCCACGGCGUGCCGCAACGUCAAAUUUUCCCCAGGGGUUCUGGACCUGAUGGCCUUCGCCGAGCACGAAGACUUGGCACACAUCGUCGAUGUACGGCAAUGGUCCCAGGUGCAACAUCUCAACGCUGGUUGUGGCCAGGGUCGCGACAUCUCCGGCAUCAGCUUUACCGCAGGCGGCGAUCGCCUGUGGGUGGGCCUAGACGACUGUGUCAUGUCGUACGAUUUGGACUCGGUGGGCCGCAGGGCCUUCGCGUACGGCUGCCUUUGUUGA